AUGAGAAGCAAAUCCAUCUUAGCUGGUGCCGUUAAUGUUCCAAUUGAACCAACAUCAAAUGUUGACUCACGAACGACAAACAAUAUUGUCAUAAAGAACUAUAGUUCAGAGUGUUUGAAAGAACCAGAACCAGUGCUGAAAUCCGUGAAUUUAAACACAGCUUCAAACGCUAACGCUACAUCAGAUGUUAAGUUAGAGUAUCCACCACCGGACCAAAUUCUUUCAAGAGAAGCCAACGACAAUCCUUACACAAAUGUUCAAACAAAUCCUUCAGAUAACGUAG